UCGUGUGCGCGUGUGCGUUCGAGGCCUCUUCGAUUUGUUGCGCACUAAGUCUCGAACGAGUGACCAUGAAUCGUUCUAAGCUGUGGAAAAAACGAGGCCGCUACAAGAAAUUCUUGCACCCUGGUGCAAAAUUCGAAGUGCCGAAGUCGACAGUCAGCAGACACCGGCUCGCGAAUGCAGCGGUAUCUUCAGUUGCCGAAAAUCAGACAGGCACGUCCUGGGGCGACGGGGAAACCACAAGCUCUACUGCGAUUCCCCUGCAAACUGAUGCAUUGCCUCUGAACGAAAAUAUUACACAGCCAGAUGAAGAUUUGGCUGGUGACUCGAGUGAGGCAUCCCAUGACAGCCUGAAUGCACAAGAACCAGAUGAGGAUGCGCCUAGCGACUCGAGUGAGGCAUCCCAUGACAGCCUGAAUGCACAAGAACCAGAUGAGGAUGCGCCUAGCGACUCGAGUGAGGCAUCCCAUGACAGCCUGAAUGCACAAGAACCAGAUGAGGAUGCGCCUAGCGACUCGAGUGAGGCAUCCCAUGACAGCCUGAAUGCACAAGAACCAGAUGAGGAUGCGCCUAGCGACUCGAGUGAGGCAUCCCAUGACAGCCUGAAUGCACAAGAACCAGAUGAGGAUGCGCCUAGCGACUCGAGUGAGGCAUCCCAUGACAGCCUGAAUGCACAAGAACCAGAUGAGGAUGCGCCUAGCGACUCGAGUGAGGCAUCCCAUGAAAGCCUGGGUGAAGAGCAACCAGGGAGGAGACCCCAUAUGUCCCAGCCAAAUGACAAUUUCACUGACUUAUUUCGGGAAAUUGUAACAGAGAAAGUGGUUGUGUCAAGGGGGGACAUUCUCUUAAUGGUGAUGAAAUAUGCUCUGAAAACAAACUUGUCUUUAACAGCGCUUUCAAAUCUCACUAAAACGAUUAAUUUAAUGUUUGAACGACCGAUUUUGCCUCACUCGCAGUACAUGUUUGGGAAGCUAUGUAGUACUGUUGGGACGAAAAUGACGUUUCAUUUUUUUUGUCCGAAGUGUUAUGUGCACGCAGGUCACUCACAGACAAACACAUCUCUACAGUGUCCAAAGUGUGGCCACGUCAUGGAGGUCUCCGCCAUGGCAGAUGCGCCAUUUUUUGUUCUCCUAGACAUACCAUCACAGGUGCAAAAGCUUGUCAAAAACUGCGAUUUACUUGACCUCACAAAACCGCUUAGAUGCCGCAACACCUUGUCUGAUAUAACAGAUGGACAGUUGUACCGCGACUUUGUAACCUCCACAGUUGGUUUUGGCAACAGGAUCAGUUUUGUUUUAAAUACUGAUGGAGCACCUCUUUUUAAGUCUAGCGGGACUGCCAUUUGGCCUGUGCAGCUUCUCAUAAAUGAGAUUCCACCAGAGCAGCGCAUGAACAAACUUGUCCUAGCAGCACUCUGGUUUGGAAAAGAGAAGCCAGAUAUGGGAUUAUUUCAAGGUCCUUUUGUAGAUGCAUUGAACAAGCUUGGAGAAUAUGGAUUCUUGCUUGAGCAUGAAGGAAAAGAAAAGGUAUUUAAAGCCUUUUGUAUCUGCUGUGCUGUAGACACAGUUGCUAGAGCACCCAUGCAGGGUGUGAUGCAAUUCAAUGGUUAUUAUGGGUGCAACUGGUGUCUACAGCGAGGAGAUAGAGUUGCAGGAGCUACGAAAUAUCCUGUGCAACAAAAUGAGCCCAUUGAGCGCACCGAAGAACAAAUGCUCCAUGAUAUGGAAACGGCAGUAAAGGAUGGAGCUCCUGUCCAUGGCGUGAAAACUGUGUCACCCCUGAUAAAUUUGCAACAGUUCAAUAUAGUGUCGGGAUUCGUUCCAGACUAUAUGCACUGCGUCCUGCUGGGCCUAGGGCGCCAGUUCCUGGAAUUAUGGCUGGAAGGCACUGGACGGGAAUUUUACAUAGGCCGCCACCUAAGAAUUAUUGAUGAACGGUUGCUCUCAUUAACACCUCCAAGAGAAGUGAAGCGAAUGCCCAGAUCAUUGAAAGAGAGGAAGUGGUGGAAAGCCAAGGAAUUGGAAAACUGGAUCCUUUUUUACAGCCUUCCUGUGCUUGAAGGGAUCUUGGAGAGAAAGUAUUUGCAGCACUGGGCAUGCCUUGUAGAAAGCUUGCAUCUCCUCCUUGAGGAGCACUUGUUCACCUGUGACCUGGCCAUUGCAGAAAAAUAUUUGCUUGAAUUUCACAUCAAAACAGAGGUUCUUUAUGGGAAGGAGUCCAUGACGUACAACAUGCACCAGGUCACCCACUUAGCCAAAAGUGUGCACCAAUGGGGGCCGCUAUGGUCUCAUUCAGCAUUUCCGUUUGAAUCCGGAAAUGGUUCACUGAAGUCAACUGUGAAAGCAACAAACGGAAUUCCGCAUCAAAUCUGUCGCUCACUGCAAAUGCAGAGUGCAGUGUAUGAGCUAACAAAACUGUCUGAGGCACCUCAAAUUCUGGCAUACUGUUCUUCCUUCGAUAAAACUGUAACCCAGAAAGCAGUUUCAGUGUGUGGAAAUAUUAAUUUUUUUGGUAGAGGAGCUCUGUAUUCACGAAGUGACACAUCGGUGCAAAACCAUGACAAGCUCUCUGACCAUGUUCAGCAGUUUUCUCGCGUGCUAAAAAAAAAGACUGUCCUCACCAACAGAAAGUAUGCAGAAACAAAAGGACUAAUAGCUCUUGUGUUCAGCUUACAAGUGGUGCAUAUGCUGUCAUUGAACAUAUAUUAUGUGACAACAACUCUCAAGCAUAUGCUGUAG